AUGCUUGUUACGGACGAGAAAGCACGACAGCAGCCAGCCGAAGGGACAGCAACGGACAUUGUCGAGCCAAAUGAACCACAGGAUGCUGAACCUCCACCAUAUGAUGGACCUUCGACGUCUGCCGCUCCCCAAGGCGCACCGAUGCCGAGUACAAGCAUCACCACGAGCUCAAGCGGCGGAGGCGCGAGGAGUAAUUACAUCCAGAUCAUCACACCCCACAAGGCGAUCUCGGAGAGCUUUCAUAUUGACGUCUCUCGCCCAUUGUUGCCGCUCUCUGGACCUUCACGUUCAGAGCCAGAAGAUUUCAGUACUCACGAUGGCUCACGGCCCAACCUCUUCGUCUCCUCCGAUUACCGCUCCGUGAAUGCCACUUGUGAAAUCUCGCGCUCCAGUCCUCUAGACGGGAACCUUCAAAGGGCCUUUAUUGUAGCCCAAAGCGAGCACGGCAACGUCACCGUCGGCAUUACACGCCGCGAUCCUGGUACGAGCGUACAUAUCUGCGCAAAAUCGAAUAUUGGAAACAUUAUCAUUCGCUUGCCAAAGGACUUUGUCGGCCCUAUCAAGUGUCGCAGCAACUCGAUCAUCUGCGCCAGUCCUCAGUUUAGGAUCACCCCCAAAGUCAAGGAAAAGAUUACCAUGUACUCCAUAGAUGAAGCAGCGAGGGAGGCUUACGCAUUCAUUGGCGACCCGAUACAGAUGCUAGCGGAGUCCCCCUCCCCUGUUCCUGCGACCCCUAUCUCCCCUACAGCCACGAUAGCAAGCACGACGGUGGAGAGUACUGCUCCAGGUUUUGGAUACACGAAAGUGCGAUCUCUCGUCCCUCCAUCCGCCUCUAAUGUAAGCCCGCGCGAGAUGCCAUCCGGCACAGAGUGGGCUGGAGACCAAAUAGAGAUUAUAGCGACUCAUGGGCGCGUCAAGAUAUGUUAUGCGCUUCUCGAAGGCGAGGAGAAGGAAACCGACGCCAACGAGCUUCAGACGAUCGUCCGACAUAUCAAGGAGAACGGUCCCAUCGCAGCGCUCGUCAAAGCCAUUUUUCGAAAUGUUAACAAGGCAGUGCAAAAUUCAAAGAAGGAGAAAGAAAAGGAAAAGGAGACGUCAUGA